AUAGAUACAGCAGGCUCUAGGCUCUAGAGUCUAGACUUUAAAUGCAAUUACAAUAAGUUGUGUCUAUCAUCGACCAUUGUCCCAGUAAAUUGAACGUUCAAUGCUCCCUAAGUGUAGCACGAGUUUAUCGAGGGGUUGAAGUAAGCCAUCAGGUCUUCGACCCAGCUCUCGCUUUGUGAUGUAAGCCCGUACAGUCUAGUAUGCAGAAAACGUUCAAGUUAUUGGAGCUCAUAAUCCAGGUUCCAGUCAUACCGGAAUUUGAAUCCAUCUUAGUACAGGGCAUCAAUGCAGACCAUCAGCUCAUGUUUUAAUAAAUAGUUGAUCUGACGGUGAAUCAUCGCAUGACAAUUGUGCAUCUCAGUAUGCUGAUUCCUGAUUGUAAAAAAAACUAGGGGAAAUCUAUAUAUAUCCGUGGCAAGAUCGAUGAAUCCAUUGAUCUCGGGAGGAUUUUAGCGCCGACGCGGAAAACGCGGAAGCGAAAAAGGCAGAUGCGUUGAACGUUGGAUGUGUAAUGGAAAGAAGGGGAACAUUGUUGUCGGUGAUGGGGUCCAAGAGGCAAGGGGACUGAAAGAGAGUAUAACACACACUACUUACUCUACGUACACUAAAUAUUUAACGUAACGUUUCGUUACAUUUAGCUACAAGUAUCGUACGUGUGCUAGUAACUGGUGGUUUAUGUACGUAGUGGGAUUGCCAGAUCAGUCAUCGGUCCCGCGCCGCGCGCCCGGUUCUCUGAUAACUCCUCAGUUCUCAGUCAGUUGUCCUCGAGUCUUUGGAUUCACCAGUUCGCCAGUGAGUGCUGAGUCAGUUUAAGAGCAACCCAACAGUUUAAUUCAAUUGUCAUAACGCAGCUCACGUGUGUCAAUUGUUGAUAUCGAUUAACGUUACUUACCUAUUUGGAGUUCACUUGUUUAUUGACUGCUCUGAAAGGUUCGCUGGUCAGGAUGGCCGAUAGAAAGACUGAGCACAUUGUGAUGACGCCUAAGUCCAAGACUGCUAAAUCAACGACGUUAAUUAUUGAACGUCAGGCACUGGAUCCUCCUGAGCGUAUCAACGACCAGCAAGAUGUUCAUAUAGCUGGUGGCGACCACAAAGGAAUUGUCAUUAACAAACACGCAGUUGCUGUUUCAAAUGGGAUUUAUAAUCCAGCCCACGUUUGUCUUGAAUUUCGUGUAUUUUUAGUAAGCGCGCAAACUAAAAAACAUACACAGGAAUCUCGUACAUUACAAUUUUGGUUUAUUAAUUCGUUAUCUGAAGCAGAACAUCCCAGUGUUGCUCAAGAAUUUUUUCGUGAGCUUGUUAGUCCACAAGAAUUUCCACGAGAUUACGUGGGAUUUAUUAAAAAAAUAAUGAAACUGAUGCAGCAUAAAUAUCCUAGUAUUAAAAAGCUAGAAGUUGAGUUAAAACAACUGGAAGAACCUAUUACGCUACCUACUAGGCCGUCUCAAACUGGCUACUCUUUGUUCACACUUCCUCGCUCUAAGAAAAGUGUUCGGAUAGCAGUAUCUUCUGACGAAACAAUAAUGGGACAGUCUGUUGAAUUGACGGCUGAAAAAGUACUUGAAUUAAUUGAAUCUGCGUAUCCAAAUCCUGUAACUGUAAUCGAUAUUGCCAAACAAUACAAUUGGGAACCGAAUGCAGUAGAGGCGAUAGUGAACGAGCUGCAAACUAAAGGACUGGUUAAAGCAAUGGAACACGGCGCGUUUACUCGCGUAGCUCAUGAAGACACUCAGAUAAAAGUUGUCAAACAAAUGCCAACAAUGGCAAGUGCGAAACAACCAACAAUAGCAAUUAUCACUGCUCAGUACUGCGAGAAACUUGCCGUUGACUCGAUGAUUGAAAAUAAGGAAACUUUUGUUCGUUACACUACUGUCGGUACUGCAAGUUCUCCAGAUUCUACUGAUGGUGUGCCUCGAGUAAUUUGCCGAUUUGGUGAAUCUAACGUAUAUACACUAGGUAAUAUUGGUGAUCAUCGGAUAGUAUGUACAAAAUUACCGCGAGUUGGCCAUGAAAGAGAAGCUAUGACUGCCGCGGGAAAUACAACGACACGAUUACUUGGAACCUUCCAAAAAGUUGACUACGUCUUUCUGGUGGGUGUCGGUGGUGGAGUGCCUCAUUACACUGAUUACAACAAACAUGUGCGACUAGGUGACGUCGUUGUGUCUUAUCCAACACCAAUGACAAAAAAAUAUGUGUAUAUUUAUUGCGAAGGUGCUAAAUUCAAUGAGGAAGACGGCAGUUAUCAUUUUGAUACCAAAGAAUACUGUCCUGUUAAUUUGGGACUUCAAGAGUUGGCGAUGAAUAUUAAAAAACAGGCUGAAGAUGAAUCAAAUGUACCAUGGAAAAAAUAUUUAAAAGAAGGCCUUGAAAACUUGGACAAUCUUCAAUCAGAGCAUGACUUUAAACAACCGCCUUUAGAGUCUGAUAAAUUGUAUAUGGCUAUCGGAGAUCGGGAUGUCAUCGAAGUUGCACAUCCGGCCGCUCCACAAGACACUCCGAACAAAAGGAUGAUCGGGUGCCCCCGCAUGCACUUGGCAUCAAUUGCUUCCGGUAGACAGAUAUCCCGGGACGAUCAAUUGAGGCAGAAAUUUGCAUCGCGAUUUGGCUGUCUGGCUUUUGAUGGAGAAAUGGAUGCUGUCGUCGAAAGCAUACUGGGUAACUGCAGAGACAGCUUUGCUGUAGUACGAGGAAUUUGUGAUUACAAAGACGGUUCGCGGGGCAAAGAAUGGCAGCCUUAUGCCGCUUUGGCGGCUGCCAGUGUAGUUAAGUCCAUUAUUUGCUCGAUGGACCCCCCGACCAAUGUUUAAUUUUUAGAAUUUAUUAAUUAAUUAAUAUUAAUUAGAGACUUGAGAUAAUUUAUUGAUAGUAAUAUAUUUAAAAAUAAAAUGUUUAAGAUUGAGUAUUACGUAGAGAUUUAAAGUUAGCUUGCGAUUAAUAACAAAUAAUAAAUCAAACUUGCAUAAUAAAAAUGCGUAUAUUAGAUUUAGGUGAUUAACUAAUAAUAGUUUUAAAGAAAAACAAAAAGUAUUUAAGAUAAACCUGAUAAAUAAUGAAAUUUUAAAUGGUACUGUUAAAAAUAUAAAUAAAUGUUUAUUAAAAUGUGAUAGACACUUAGAGAGUUAUCUAUCAAAAUGGAGUAUUUAAAAGUGAUAUAAGUAGUAGGGGUGUGUGAAUAAUUCGAAACUUUCCGAAUUAUUCCGACAUUUACGAAUAAUUCAAAAAUGAUUUUUUCAAAGACUUAAAAUUGUAACAUUUUUUCUAAUUCAAAUUAUUGUCAGAGGUAAAUACUCAGAUAAGAAUCUACGAGGAAGUUAUUUUUGGUUACUUUAAAAACUAAGCUCUUCAUUAAAUAAAAAUUGAAUAAUUGAAAGUUGAUCAUAAUUUUGAUUCAAAUCGAGUAAUUUUCAAAGCUGCAGAUUCGAAAACUUUCGGAUGAUUCAGAAGUUUCUAAUUAUUUGAUGCAAUUAAAUUUGAACACGAUUCGCACACCUCUAGUAAGUAGCUAUUCAAAGCCAUUGAAAAUAACAAUUCUUCUCUAUUUAUUUUUUAUUUUGACGGAAAGUAAUUUUAUCUAUACAAAAGUUUAUCAAUAAAUAAUGAAUAUAUUUAUUGGAAUAGUAAUUAUUAUACUAUGUGCCAGUGUGUUCAAGUAAUAAAUAAAAAUUACUGCCAUAUUCUCAUUCACGUUUACGUGACUUACAAAUUAACAUUUAAAACUACAGGGUAGAUUGAUGAAAAAUAAUUAAUGGCGUUUGAAACACCAUAUUUAUUUAAAAAUAAAUAAAUAAAUUUGAAAAAAUAUAUUGACGAGCAAGGACUCGGGACAAAAUAAAUUAUAAAAUUGAUAUAGAUAGAUUUUUUAAAAAAUUUCACGGCUGCGAAAGUUUAGCGAAGUAGCUUCAUUAAUAAAAAUUUCAUUAUUUUUAUUUUUAAUUAAUAAUUAGCUUUUUUAUGCAGGCAUAUUUAUUUAUUAAUAUUUAUUUGUUUGUUUUUUAUUUAAGCGAGUUAUGGUUUAUAUUUAUAGAGAAUAUAAUAUAAAUAAAAAUCAAAAUAAAUCACUUGUCGCGUAGACGCGGCAUUUAAUUUUAAAUUCAGAGAACUACAGUAACAAAUUUAUCAACAUAUACGUAAGUAUACGAUAUAUCAAAUAUAUCAAAGUAUAUGAAACAGAAAAAAAAUACAAAUAUAUUACAGAGGUUUAUCAAUAAAUUUACUAUAUAAAUAUAAUAUAUAAAUUAUUUAAUCUUAAUAUAAAUUAGUAAUGUUUUUAAUUGAUUAUAAUUAUUUUAGAGUUUAAUUAAUUUAUUUGAUAAGUACAUUAAUGUGUUGGCUUGAGCCUUGCACAUGCGACACUAGUCUGAUUAAUAAAUCAUUACCUUCAUAAUAGCGCAUUUAAAUAAUUGCAUUAUAUUUAAUUUUAUUUAUUAAAUAUUUAAAACUACCCCAGCUUUAUUUGAGUAAUUGUUAAUUAAUAUGAUACUGUCUUCCAAUGGACCAAUUUUUUAGCACUGUCUAAA